AUGAAGCUUAUGUGUUGGAACUGUCAAGGGUUAGGGAGUGCCUUGACAGUCAAAAAUCUAAAAAUGCUAUGUAGAUCCAACUCUCCUGAUGUAGUCUUCUUAAUGGAGACAAAAAAUAGUAUAUCUAAAAUAAAGAAAGUUUUUGCUUACUGUGAAUUCUCAAAUGUUAUGGCCAUAGAUCCUAUAGGGAAAUCUGGGGGACUUUGUUUAGUAUGGAAAGAUGAGUUAGACCUCCAAAUACAACAUACCAGUAACAACUUCAUCAUCUGCACAAUCAGUAUCACAAAUGGCCCUUCUUUUGACUCUAUUUUCUGCCAUCUCUAUUGCAACAUCAUCCAUAGAAGAGCACAGUUUCAAUACUUGCAAAGUAUCAGAGACAGAAUGCUGGGGCCUGUUCUAUGUGCAGGGGAUCUUAAUGACUAUCUACUGCCAUCUGAGAAAAAAGGGGGUAAUGCAUUCAAACUGGAGAAUCAUGUCGAUUUUACAACCUUUAUGGAGUGUAUGGAAUUUAGAGAUUUAGGAUUUGCUGGACCUCCGUUUACUUGGUCUAAUAGGAGGAACUACCCAAACUCAAUCAAAGUUAGAUUGGACAGAGCCUUGGCUAAUGAAGAAUGGCAGGCUCUAUUCCCUGGAGCUGAAGUUCAUCACCUAUCUGACCUGGGUUCUGACCAUAGACCAAUCCUCAUCAAAACUGAUCCCCAGAGACUGAACUACUCAAGGAAAUUUUUCUUUGAUAAAAGAUGGGGAGCUAAACCUGCAGUGCUAAAAAUCAUAGAAGAAAGCUGGAAUCAAAAUGUGAGAGGAAGCACAAUGUUUCAGAUACACUCUAAAUUGAAGAAUACUAGACAAAAAUUAUUUGCUUGGCAAAAGUCAUCCAGCUCUAACUCUGAAAGGAGGAUGCAUCAGCUCCAGAGUUCCAUAGAAGAGGAGAAGAACAAGAAGGCAGAAGAUCAGGACUGGAACAGGAUUAGAAACCUGGAAACAGCCCUGUUGGAAGCAACAAUAGAAGAAGAGCAAUUUUGGGCUCAAAAGGCUCGACAUAAUUGGUUGAAAUGGGGGGAUAAAAACACGAAGUACUUCCAUGAAAAAACCAAACAAAGGAGGAAAAGGAAUUCCAUCUCAGGUUUAUGGUCAAAAGCUGGGACAUGGGAGACUGAAAAGGGCCCUAUGAAAAAAGUUAUUUGUGAUUAUUUCAAGGAAAUAUUCACAAGUUCAGAACCAACAUCAGUUAAUGAAUUCCUCAGAGGCUUCAGCCCACAAGUAACAAGGGUCAUGAAUGAAAAACUGACCAGGAACAUAUCAGAAGAGGAAAUCAGGAAUGCAGUUUUCUCUAUUAACCCAACUAAGGCCCCUGGAGCAGAUGGAUACACUGCUUUCUUCUAUCAGCAAUAUUGGCAGAUCAUAGGUCCUCUAAUAACCCACUCCAUUCAGGAAUUUUUCAGAGGAGGCAAGAUGUUAAAAAGCCUCAACCAUACCCUGAUAGCUUUGAUCCCAAAGACACAAAAUCCUCAGAGCGUGACUGAUCUAAGACCUAUAAGCCUCUGUUCAGUGUAUUACAAGAUCUACCCCUAA